GUUAGGUUGUUUGUCUCGCUAGCGAUUUGAUCAUGCCUGAGCCAGCCAAAUCCGCUCCCGCGCCUAAGAAGGGCUCUAAGAAGGCGGUGACCAAGACGCAGAAGAAGGGCGACAAGAAGCGCAAGAAGAGCCGCAAGGAGAGCUACUCCAUCUACGUGUACAAGGUGCUGAAGCAGGUCCACCCGGACACGGGCAUCUCCUCCAAGGCCAUGAGCAUCAUGAACUCCUUCGUCAACGACAUCUUCGAGCGCAUCGCUGGAGAGGCCUCCCGCCUGGCGCACUACAACAAGCGCUCCACCAUCACCUCCCGCGAGAUCCAGACGGCCGUGCGCCUGCUGCUGCCCGGCGAGCUGGCCAAGCAUGCCGUCUCUGAGGGCACCAAGGCCGUCACCAAGUAUACCAGCUCCAAGUAGGCGCGCUUGAGACGCGUUUCCUCAACCAGACCCAAAGGCUCUUUUAAGAGCCACCAACGUUCUCAUAAAAAGAGCUGUAGCUGUCUGAAGCGAUGUCUGCUUCCGAAGACUGACACACUUAGCAGCAUCUCUGAGACUUGACCCUGGGGAUGUAUCAAGUUACAGAUAAUGAUAGUUAAAAGCUUGUUCAAGAGCUAGGGAUGAUACUUGCAGGGUGUAGAAUUGAAACUUGGCA